AUGUCAUCUGCAAUCUACGGUAACUACGACACCCACUUUUCCAAAGACGUUGACGAGGUUGGCGACGAUGGAAUUUUGAGAGUCAGUAAACAUGCUCGCGACCAGGCCAAAUUUCCCGAGUUUUUGCCAACGUGGGAUACCUCGGAGAAGUAUCCUCCAUUAAAGUUCUUUGAAUUCCAUGAUCCUGGUGCUCGUGCCGACCCUAGCUUCCCCAACUUGUUCCCCAAGGACGGUGAGUACAAGGCCAAGAAGAUCACACCCAAGAUGGGUACCGAGAUCCGUGGGGUGCAAUUGUCGCAAUUGGACGACAAGGCCAAAGACGAAUUGGCAUUAUAUGUUGCCCAGCGAGGCGUUGUGGUUUUCAGAGACCAAGAUUUCGCUGCAAAAGGUCCUAAGUUUGUCACUGAGUACGGCAGACACUUUGGAAGAUUACAUAUCCACCCUACCUCUGGAGCGCCAAGAGGGUUCCCUGAAUUGCAUAUUACUUAUAGAAGACCUGACGAAAAGGAAUUCGACAGGAUUUUCUCCGAAACCACCACUGCCGUGCAAUGGCACUCGGACAUUUCAUACGAGUUGCAGCCCAGUGGACUCACGUUCUUUGCAGUUUUGGAAGGACCGGAGUCUGGGGGAGACACCAUUUUUGCUGAUGUCAAAGAAGCAUACAGAAGAUUAUCGCCAGAAUUCAGGAAGAGAUUGGAGGGCUUACAUGUGUUGCACUCUUCCAACGAGCAGGCUCAGAAUUCUCGUGGUCAAGGUGGUGUAGAAAGAAGAGCUCCAGUUUCUAAUAUCCACCCAUUGAUCAGACAACAUCCUGCUACCAAGGAAAAGUACAUCUACUUGAACCGUCCUUUCAGCAGGAGAAUCGUUGAGUUAAAACAAGAAGAAUCCGACUACUUGCUCAACUUUCUUUACGACCACAUUGAAAAAGCCCAUGACUUGCAAUUGCGUGCUAGCUGGGAACCUAACACUGUUGUGGUAUGGGACAACAGAGUGGUCGAACAUUCAGCCAUUGUUGACUGGGACACUCCAGUUUCGAGACAUGCAUUCAGAAUCACCCCACAGGCCGAAAGACCCGUGGAAGACUUGAAGGACUUGAACAAGCCCGAGUAUGAUGUAGGGGACGUUGCGGAGGCAUUGAAGAGAGUGCUUUCGUAA